GAUCAAUCGGCUAAACCCUGUGUGGGGAGAAUCUGAGGUUGUAGAACUGUCCGGCAGCCCCUUUCUACAAAAGUUUGAUGAUCGAUGCUCAGGAUAACCUCCAAGCUGCAAGCCCUGUGAGAUGAAGGCGCCUCUACACCAUGGGCCAAGGCUAUUCCCUCACGACCCUGUCCGCGGGUUCGGCUGGGAUCGAUGUUCCCGAGCUCUCGGAUCUGGUGUAUGAGAAGUCCAUGGGUGGUGGCAGAUUUAUGAAAAGCAUCCGAGCUCGGCAGCAUAAUGGACUGGUUUUUGUGAAGGUCAUUAUGAAGCCUUAUCCCAGCAUGAAGUUGGAGCCAUAUAUCAAGGCGAUCAUCCGGGAGCGUAAGCUACUGUCCGAGGUCCCGAAUGCCUUAAGUUAUCAGAGGAUCUUGGAAACCAGCACUGGAGGCUAUCUCGUUCGCCAAUACAUACACAGCUCUCUCUAUGACCGGAUGAGUACCCGGCCUUUUCCUGAAGAUAUUGAGAAAAAAUGGAUCGCCUUUCAGCUUCUCUGUGCACUAAGGGAUUGUCAUUCGAUAGAUGUCUUCCAUGGUGAUAUCAAGACGGAAAAUGUUCUGGUUACCUCGUGGAACUGGCUCUAUCUCUCCGACUUCUCGUCCUCUUUCAAGCCGACGUUCCUCCCGGAGGAUAACCCGGCGGAUUUCUCUUUCUACUUUGAUACUUCGGGACGUCGGACCUGCUAUCUAGCACCGGAAAGAUUCCUUGUGGCCGGUGAAGAACCAGGAAGUAGACAUGUCAACUGGGCUAUGGAUAUAUUUAGUGCCGGUUGCGUCAUCGCAGAGCUUUUCCUAGAGUCGCCGAUAUUCACUCUCAGCCAGAUCUACAAAUACCGCAAAGGGGAAUACAGUCCGGAACACAGCCAACUUGCCAAGAUUGAGGACCCAGAGAUUCGCGCCUUGAUUCUUCAUAUGAUUCAGCUCGAACCAGAGUCCCGAUACUCGGCAGAUGAAUAUCUUAAUUUCUGGAAGAACAAGGCGUUCCCGGACUAUUUCUACAGCUUUCUGCAUCAGUAUAUGUCACUCAUGACUGACCCGUCGUCGGGUAGAGCGCAGGUUGAAGCCGAGUCAGCAAAUAGAGGAGAGGCCGACGAGAGAAUUGAACGCGUCUUUUAUGAUUUCGAUAAGAUAUCCUACUUUUUGGGGGCUUCACCUAAGGCCACGAAGGACGGGUCGAGUCGCACGACGUCGAGGCUCACCGGUAAUACUUUCCCCGUUCAGCUGGACCUGCCUCAGUAUGGACAACCAACACCGAAGUCUCCGUCCCAACCGGACGAUGGCGUGUUGAUAUUCUUAACGCUUGUUGUCUCCAAUUUGCGCAAUACGUCCAAAUCACUUGCCCGGGUCAAAGCUUGCGACAUCCUCCUUGCUUUCGCUGAGAGGCUGUCGGAUGAAGCCAAAUUGGAUCGCGUUCUCCCGUACAUCAUGAUACUUCUCAACGACCGCGCAGAUUCGGUGAAGGUCGCUGCAAUCCGUGCUCUUGCCCAGCUCUUGGAAAUGGUCCAUGUGGUCUCUCCGGUCAAUGCCUAUUUGUUUUCCGAAUACAUCUUCCCGAGACUGCAACCGUUCGUUCCUAGCGCCAAUUCAAAGCCAAGCCCGUUGGUCCGGGCUGCAUACGCAUCUUGCAUUGCAUCUCUAGCACAAUCCUCGCUGAGGUUUCUGGACAUGAUCCAGGCUCUGCGUUCUGACACUCGUUUACCAGCUCUGAUACCGGCUGGGUCCGAACCCAGAUGGACGGAGGAUGCUACAUAUCAUAAUCUCUACGACGUCGCCAGAGUCGACCUGCUUGAGUACUUCGAGAAUCAUACCAAAUCCCUUUUGACCGACAGCGAUGCUUCAGUUCGUCGCGCUUUUCUGGGCUCAGUAUCCGACCUCUGCGUGUUCUUCGGUAAUCUCAAGACCAGUGAGGUCGUACUAAGUCAUCUAAACACCUAUUUGAAUGAUAGGAACUGGAUCCUGAAGUGCGCUUUUUUUGAGGCCGUCAUUGGCGUUGCGACCUAUGUCGGAAGUACAAGCCUGGAGCAGUACAUUCUGCCGUUGAUGGUUCAAUCGAUGACAGAUCCGGAGGAGUUUGUCGUCGAAAGAGUCCUUCGAUCGCUGGCCGCGAUGGCGGAUCUUGGCCUUUUCCAGCGAUCGACAACAUGGGAUCUUCUUCACAUCACUGUCCGCUUUUUGGUUCAUCCAAACGCUUGGAUCCGCGAGGCAGCUGUCCAUCUCGUUGUUAAUUCAACCAAAUUCCUUUCUGUGGCCGAUAAAUAUUCCAUCCUCACCCCUCUUGUGCGGCCCUUCGUUAUAGCUGAGGUAUUCAGUUUCUCAGAAGGAGAAAUGCUCGACGCACUCAAGAAGCCACUUUCAAGGAGCGUAUACGAUCUGGCAUUUGUUUGGGUAUCAAAGACUGAGAAGGGCAUAUUUUGGAAAGCAGCAAGCCGUGAUGGAAUUUUCACGUUGAAUGGGACCGACAGUGCUCUCUCCAAAGUGGGACACAAGAUUUCGAGUCAUCCAAGCCUGCAGCCAAGGAAUGAGGAGGAUGAGCAGUGGAUCACUCGGCUCAGGAAUAUGGGUAUGAGCGCCGAUGACGAGCCCAAACUUCUUGCCCUCCGAGAGUACAUUUGGAGAUUGUCAAUGCGUCAAUCAAAGGACUCGGAAAAUGUAACCUCUCCUUUGAAUGACGUUAUUGUACUCACGCAGCAUGGGGUAACUCCUCAGACUGUUCUCUUUGACAAAACCCAGAACGUCAAACCCCGCAGAAGCUCUUUGGGGAAGCCUGAAACUGACCGCACGGACGAGCGAAAGCCACACACCAUCACAGAUGCUUUACUCGAUGCUUCAACUACCAUCGACAAUAGACCUGACUCCCGCCGAAGGCAUAUGCGCUCGAGGAGUCAGAGGGAAACGGGGGCCGGUCUGUCGAUUCCACGACCGAGUGCUCUAGACAAUCUCCGAGCAGAGAACUCACCUGUAUCCUCACCGAUAGCAUCGUCACCCGGUGCCACCCCAGGAUCCCGGCCCUUGUCCCCUCCUAGUUCAGAUGCUGGGCGUAGGGGCUCAGGAGGCAGGGAGAGCCCUGGACAGGACAGUUCAUCGACGCCUACCGAUGCGGAGAAUCCUGCCAUCAAGAAGCUGACCGACGGUGUACAAAGGAAAUCCAGCGCUAUGAGUUUACUGAACCGCAAGGAUUCCGCCAAGGCAUAUGCAGAAACCAGCACGAGCUCCACGAACGCCUUUGGCAAAGUCGACGUACCAUCGCAGCGGAUAGAGAUACCACCAUCCCCGUCCCCUGCCCCGCAUGACAGGAAAGGAGCUGAGCACGAGUCUCCUAAAUUCCAUGCCAAUCACUCAUAUGCAGGCGACGAUCCUGUUGUUCUCAAGCUGCUAGACUCUGUCUUCGCGGAAAACUACCCUACCGACUUCUUUGAUCUUGGACCCUAUGUCAAAGAGGUAGACACCAAACGACCGAUCAUGAAAGCCAACGGGCAUGAACCUGACAAGGUCUGGAAACCGACGGGGGGGCUUGUUGCUGUUUUCGGGGAGCACAGCGGGCCUGUCAACCGCGUGGUGGUGGCACCAGACCAUGCUUUCUUCGUUACUGCCGCGGACGACGGCACCGUUAAGAUCUGGGACACCACCCGGCUAGAAAAGAACCUCACUCCGAGAUCGCGUCAGACAUACCGGCAUUCCACGGAAGCGAAAGUGAAGGCCUUGGCCUUCGUUGAGAAUACUCACACAUUCGUCAGCGGCGCCAAUGAUGGUAGCAUCCAUGCAGUGAAAGUGGAUUAUCACAGCAAUAACGGUACUGUUCGAUACGGGAAGCUUCAACUUGUGCGCGAAUAUCAGUUACCAACAGCUGAAGACGGGACCGUCGAGUAUCCUGUCUGGAUGGAGCAUUUCCGUGUGGAAGCCCAAUCCACGCUUCUCAUUGCAACCAACACCUGCCGUAUCCUAGCACUCGACAUGAAGACCAUGCUUCCGGUCUACUCCCUACAGAACCCAGUCCACCACGGAACCCCAACGACCUUCUGCUGUGACCGAAAGCACAAUUGGCUACUGGUCGGCACCACCCACGGCAUCCUCGACCUCUGGGAUCUCCGCUUCCGGGUGCGGCUCAAAGCCUGGGGCCUUUCAGGGUCCGGUGCUAUUCACAGACUCCAAGUUCAUCCCACCAAGGGGCGUGGACGAUGGGUCUGUGUCUCCAGCAGCGGCACUCACGGCAACGAAAUCACCGUCUGGGACAUCGAAAAAGUCCGCUGCAGAGAGGUAUACCGAGCUGACUCGCCGGGCGUCAACAAUCCAACCCCCACCGCCGGACAACCCAGCCCCGGUCCCGACAGCACCAAACCCAGACCCGGGUUCCCAAGCACCCGCGAUUACGAAGCCUGGCACGUCGAAGGCAGCCGACCAGAAGGGAUGCUCAGCCGCUUCGCAAUGGAGGGACUGGCCUCCUCACCGACCGAUCACCCAUCUGGGCCGUCCCCCACAGGCACGAUCUGCACCUUCGCCGUGGGUUUCGACUCACCCGACGACGGUCGCGACAACAGCACACGAUGCGGUUUCAUAGUGUCCGGUGGCUGCGAUCGGAAAAUCCGCUUCUGGGACCUGGCGCGACCGGAACUCACCACGAUUGUCAGCGGCUUGGACGUCGUAUCAGAUGGCGGCGCAACCGGCAAGCCGCGAUACGAACUCUCUCAGCCCGGCCCAUCCCUCCUCAUCGCGACGGAGCACAUACCGACCUCCUCAGUGCCCGUGACGAACGGCAAGCGGGGCGCCAAAAAGGGCGGAACUGGUCGUCUGCCCCGGAGCACGGUGAUCAGUCUACAGCAGCAGCAGUUACUGAAGAGUCACCUCGACUUCAUCCAGGAUGUGGCGUUGCUUCGAAGCCCCUAUGGAAUGAUAGUGAGUGUUGACCGGGCGGGAAUGGUUUAUGUUUUCCAGUGAUCUCGAUAGCAUCCAUGUACAGGUAUCGCGAUGGCUAUCUGAUAGAUCUAAUUCAAAACGUUGCGUUUACCGGAGUACUCCGUAUGGAUGUAUGUACUGUGGAUGACUGACAACUUGACCUGUCGAAUUACUGAGACAGGUACAAAGAAACUAGAAAGAUACAAGCUCCGCCCAAGCAUCCGG